AUGACACGCGCGGCACCCAGUACUCUCCGCAAGUCUCGCGUCGGAGACAUGGUGACAGCACCUCGGAUCAACUUGCAGGGUUUACACGAAGAAUAGUUACCGGGCUUCUGCCGCCUGGAUUGUAGAGGACACCAAUGGGGAAUUCCUAUGCGGGCCAGCUGCGGACCACACGCUUCGAGGAGGUCCUCCAUAACUCCAUUGAGGCAUCACUGAGGUCAAACACUGUAGUUCCUCGACCUGUCUUCUCACAGCUGUACCUCGAGACAGAGCAGCCGUUGGCACACGAUGGGCGCACUGAGAAUGAUGAUGAGGAUGAUGAAGAUGGCUCAGAGUCUAACAGCCCCCCAUUACCCUAUCAGAUGAAGCCCCCACCUGAGGGAUGCUGCACCACAGAUGGCUUCUGUCAGGCGGGCAGGGACCUGCGUCUGUCCUCACUGGCUUCAGAUCCCUUGGAUGUGCCCCCUGGUUUCAUGUUGGUUGGGAUAAAGUCUCCCUCCCUCCCUGAAACGCUGCUGGUGUGCGCCGUGGACCGCCGCUUCCUGCCAGACGAACGGGGUCGCAACGCACUGCUGGGCUUCUCAGGGAACUGUAUGGGCUGUGGAGAAAAAGGCUUUCGUUACUUCACGGAGUUCUCCAACCACAUUAACCUGAAGCUCAGCACGCAGCCCAAGAAACAGAAGCACUUGAAGUACCAUCUGUACCGAAACAACCAGGGCGUGCUGGUCAAGGGAGCUCUCAUCUGCUGGAGGGGACACGAUGGCAGGAUGAGACAGAUGGGGUCCAGCCUCUCCGAAGGACACGUGACUUCUGAUGAACAGCCACCAAACCUGGCAUCUCACACACCUGGCACCUACACAGCAGGAUCACACGUGGACCCUGUUGGCCUGCCACAAAUAGCUGAUGUUCCCCACUCACUGACAAAUGGCAACCAUGCUGUUCCCUCCAUCACCCAGCCACCUUUAAAUCAAUCAGGGCCCGGGAGACCCUUGGUUACAGGGCCACAUGCAAAUGCUGGACCUCCAAAAAAGAGGCACAAGGGCUGGUCACCCGAGUCAUCUGCCAACAGUGUGCCAGAGAACACUGUGAAGACACCACCAUCUUCAUCUGCCUUACCAACUUUAUCUGUGCCCUCUGCUGUAACAAAUGGAGCCAGAUCAGAGACUGCAGCCCAGCUGAGUUCAUCACAGGGGGCCUCGACCCCACUUUCUCCCCCAGGGCUGUCUGUAACUGUGCCUGAUCAGCUGCUACACACCUGCAGACUGCAGCCUGUCAUCUUCAAAGGUCAUGGCCCACUCCCUCAAAUGACUGGCAAUGUCAGUGAAGUGCUCGUCAGUUCUCUGCUGCAGAGUUGUUACCUGAGCUCCCAGACGCUCCCCAGAGUCUACCAGCACUAUGGACCGUCACCCAUUCAGCCACUGUCCACAGAGAUGCAGAUUCUUCUCACGGUUUACUACCUUGUUCAGCUAGGCCCUGACCAAGUGCCACUGAUUGAGGAUUUGGAGCAGAUAUUCAUGAGGUCAUGGAGGGAGUCUCACCUCAGUGAGAUCAGACAGUAUCAGCAGCCUCAAACACCAGCCACUCAAGGGAGGCACUAUGGCAUAGAGACCCCCUCCACCCUGCCUGGGCUCCCCCAGCACCUCUGUUUACCUCCCCAGAGCCAACAACCCCUGACCCCCAGCCAGCUUCCCUGGCUCGCCCAGCUGGCUGCGUCGUCCUGUGGAGAGGGCGUGGUGGUGUUAGGGGAGCAGAUCAAAUCUUUGGCCCAAGGCCUCCAGCAAACUUUCAGCAGGUUGAUGGAAGGACGGCUUGAAAACACCAACUAUGUGGUCAUUAUUGUCACUGCACAGGGACAGGAAACACAGUCCUGUGUGGUAGUCACAGGCAAACAUCAGUGUCGUGCCUUGGCAGAGAAUAUGUACUCUCCCAGUGAGGGCCUGAAAGAAAUCAACCACCAGCUCUCUACUGGUGUUGCCCAGGAACUCAUCCACUUCUGCAAUUUACUGGGACAAGAUGGUGAUAUGGAUUCCCUCCUGGACAGUGCCACUGUGGACAGCAACGAGCCAUCCCCUCUAUCUAGCAGUCAGGAAUCAACUGAAGACAGAAGCCUUAAAAAUACACACAGUCCAAAAGACACACACAGUCCAAAAGAUUCACUCAUACAGUGUUCAAAAGACUCACCCAGUCCUAAAGGGAGAGCUUCAAGUCCCAAGGACACCUGUUCAGAGUACUCCGUAGAAUGGCGUGAAGUUCGUCCCAUCCAGCUGGCAGUGGCUAGAAAGCUGCUGUCCCAUGUUUGUGCUAUAGCGGACUCCAGCACACAGAACCUGGACCUCGGCUCCUUUGACAGGGUCAGCUUCCUCAUCUUGGUCCCACCCUCCGAGGUCACAUUUCAACAGACUGUGCUCCACCUCUGGAGCUCCGGUGUCCUUCAGGAGCUUGGGAGUUUAGACCAGGAGUGUGUGUCUCAACAAGACGCUGAGCGUUAUGUGGUCAAGAUGGACCAGGGCGCUCAGGCACGAAUUGACAGCCUCAUUCAGGAAGCUCACAGCAACUCCUACACACUCUACAUUCUGGUCCAUGACCACGCCCACUGGGACAUUAGCAGUGCAUCCUACAGCAGCCCAGAGAGUGGUUUGGGUCUGGUGGACCAGCUUUUAAACUCCCGGCAGGUCAGAGAUGCUCCAAAUAUCCUAAUCCUCCACGUCACCUCCUUCCCCUUCGCUCUUCAGACACAGUACACCCGCAUCAGCCCCUACAACGAGAUCCACUGGCCCUCUACAUUCAGUAAUGAUGUGGACCUGUAUCAUGAGAGGACAAGGUACUUUGGUGUGUCAGAGCUUUUAGAGUCGACUCGUUCAGGAAGCAGCCUGCCUUUGAUGCGUUAUGAUUCCUCUUUUGAAAGCAUGGCAUCGGCCCUGGAAGAAAGGUUCCCCAAGUUGCACAGUGCAGUCAUCCGUACUACAGUCCUGAUCCAGCACUACUGCGUAGCUCUGAUGGCUGCGUCCGGCAGAAUCGGCGGCUCCCACACCCUUCACAAACACACCUCUGUGGAGACCUUGGAGAUUGUACAAUCCCUGCUCACUGCUGCCCAGCAGUGUCCUGCCCGCCACGGUCACAUGGUCCUGCUGCGGAUCCCCUCUUUGGCUCUGGCUGCGUGGGCCCAUCGACGGCUGUCCAGAGUGAGGAGACAGCUGGGUCUGGAGGAGAGUUUUGAAAUCAUACUUGGAAAUCCCAACCAAGCUCUGAAUAUUGGACAGACCUUCAUUGAUCAGAUCAAGACAUGGCUGAAGAUCCAGGAUUCUGACUGGGUUCCUCGUACCUAUCUGGAGCUGGAGGCCCUUCCCUGCAUCCUGAUCCUGUCGGGAGCGGAGCCCCUGGGAGAAUCACUGCCCAGGUCACUGAAGUACUGUGACCUUCGGGUGAUAAGCUGCUCUUACCUUCAGCGAACAACACUCGAACAAGAGCUGGGGCUGGCUGCUUAUCUAGUGAGGGCAGAGUCACGACCCCCACACAACCCCGGCCCAGGAAGUGACCUGCUGGAGAGCGAUGCCGAAAAACUCAGCAGCACUGACAAUGAGGAGGAGGAGGGGCAGGACAAUGGGGACUCCCCUCUGUCAUCCAGUCAGCAGCUCCAGUCAUGCCCAGACAGUGGAGCUUUAGAUCCCUUCUCCACCCAAGGCACCACCUCUCCAAAUGUGCAGAAAGGGACCAUGGACACCAUGCAGUCUCCCUCACAAUCACAGACUCAACUUCAGUCCCAAACCUCAUCUCAGCCUUAUCCUCCGUAUCCUCAACCUACACCACAUCACCAAACCCAGCCUCAAAUUCAAAGUUAUUCUCAGGCCCUACCCACCUCCCAGCUGCAGCCACAACCCCAAAAUCCACCAUUAUCUCAAACCAAUUCCCAACCUUACACUCAAACGCUUCCCCCGCAGCAGCAGUCCCUCUCCCAGGCGCCAACGCCCAACCCUCAAACUCAAGCGCUUCCCCCUGCGCAGUCCCGUCGCCAGCACUCCAAAUCCACCUCCUCUGGCUCCUUGUCCCCCCGAGCUUCCUCUCCUCACCUGAACUGCUCCUGGGCGCGGGGAGUGAGUCGCCCGCCCUCUGUGCUCCUCCCUCAUGCCCUCUAUGACAUCAUCACAGCCAGUGACAGCAGCGGGCUGCCGCGAUGUACGUCAUUCCUGCCACACAUGUCUGUCGCGUGGGCAAGCAGCUUCAGGCCCUUACUGAGUAAGAUGAUGACAUGUACAGAGCAGUCUCUGUAUUAUCGCCAGUGGACGGUCCCUCGCUCCUACCACAUGGACAGCAGCAAUCGCACUGAAGGACGAAGUGACAACUUCCACCCUCGCAGGCUGCUGCUCAGUGGACCCCCACAGGUGGGUAAGACAGGAGCGUACCUGCACUUCCUGGGUAUUCUGUCUCGGAUGCUGAUAAGGCUGAUGGAGGUGGAUAUCUACGAUGAAGAAGACAUCAACUACAGUGCCCAGGCGGAGGGGGUGCAGUAUCACCCACCCAAUGCAGCUUGGCCCAACCCAGACAUUAUGAGGACAAUGCCCUUUGACUACACCAUUCAUGACCCCAAAUACGAUGAUAUCAGUGCUGUAUAUUGCCCUGGAUAUAGACCCAGUGCUGAAGGAAACCCUGUGCGUCAGGAGGAUGUGUACCUUCGCAGGCGGACAUCUAGGAUCAAGCUGUCUAAAUAUGCAGCCUACAACACCUAUCAUCACUGUGAGCAGUGUCAUCAGUACUUGGGCUUCAACCCCAGAUACCAGAUGUAUGAGUCAACGCUGCAUGCCUUCACGUUCACCCAUCUGCUGCUUGGGGAAGAGAUUCAACUCUACUUCAUCAUCCCAAAGUCUAAAGAGCACUACUUCAGCUUCAGCCAACCAGGAGGCCAGCUGGAGAGCAUGCGGCUGCCUCUCACGUCUGAUUGGAGUCCAGACUGCAUCAAGAGUCCAAUCUUCACCCCGACCACUGGCCGUCACGAGCACGGUCUGUUUAACCUGUACCAUGCCAUGGAUGGAGCCUCACAUCUACAUAUUCUGGUGGUCAAAGAGUAUGAGAUGGCCGUCUAUAAAAAGUACUGGCCCAACCACAUCAUGCUGGUGCUGCCUACCGUCUUCAAUGGAGCUGGAAUAGGUGCUGCUCACUUCCUGAUUAAAGAACUUUCAUAUCACAACUUGGAGCUGGAGCGCAGUCGUCGGUUGGAGGGAGGGGGCCCGGCAGGUGACGUCUGGCCCUUCAUCAUCCUGGCUGAUGACUCCUGUGUUAUGUGGAACACAGUUGACCUCGACGCACGCAAUGGCCCAGCGGAGCACGCUGUGUCACUGAAGCAGGUCUUACAGCACAUGGAGGCAUGUCCAGACCUGGCCCACUACGGGCUGUGUGGCAUCAGGAAGUGGAGCAGCCGUGGACUCACAGGAAAUAGACAGAGGGAGCCCUUCUCCAGGGGUCACCUUCAUGACUUCCUCCUCCUCAAUGUGGACCGGAGUCAGAACAUACAGUACGACCAAAAUCGCUUCACCUGUCACGACGUGGACUUCACCCUGAGACUGCACAGCGCCGGACUGCUCAUCUGCAGGUUUAACAGCUUUAGCGUCAUGAAGAAGCAGAUCGCCAUAGGAGGAUACCGGACGUUUAUUAUCAAGACCAAGAUGACAGAUGUUCCCACCUCAGUGGGGCCCUCGCAGUACAUCUGCGCCCCAGACAGUAAGCACCUUUUCUUGGCUACACCAGCUCAGCUCCUCCUGGAGAAAUACCUCCAACACACCAGCCAGAAGCUGUUUCCUCUCAGCACCAAGAACCACACACACCCUGUACUGUCUGUGGAUUGUUACCUCAACCUGGGACCUGAGGUGACGGUGUGUUUUGUGAGCUCCAGACCUCACUCCAUCAAUAUCAGUACCACAGGGCUGCUGUUCAGCGGCCUUCUCCUCUGUUUCGCUGACUCCUUUGUGACUGCUGGGUUCCUCAAGAAGUUCACCUUCCUCAAAGGUGCGACUCUGUGUGUCAUCAGUGCAGAUCGUAGCUCGUUGAGGCAGACGGUGGGCAGGCUGGAGUUGGAGGAGGAGUGGAGGUUCAGGCUCAGCGACGAAUUCCAGACCGCCAACGCCAAAGAGGACCGACCGCUCUUCUUCUUGACUGGAAAGCAUAUAUGACCGGGAACAUGUGUAAACAGUGUGGGUCACAGAUAGUCACAGUCAGGAUUGAAAUUACUUUAAGUGCCAAAGAGAAGAAAUGUACUGUGCAUUUUAAUGUGCAGUGUUUUUUGUAGAAUGUACUAUCUGACUUUGAAUGGACAGUGCAGGAUAUGCUCAAAUAUUUUGGUCUACUAACAUGUAAAGUGGUUAGUAGACUAACGUGGAAGAUGAGGGAAUAUGAAACAUUAUUACCUAUCACUGCACGCACACACACACACACACAAACAGGAUUUGGAGGUGAGGUCCAAAUCUACACACCCAGCAUGAAAACAGAUGCAUAUAUAUCGUAAAAGUCAUGGUCUAUGAAAAUGUGCUGUGGCCAAGGAAGGAAAGGGAAACAGUUACAUGUUUAUUCUUUGAGUAAGCAAAAGAUUGUUCAGGAAGCAUUAGGGAUUUUUCAGGAGGCUUUUGGGUAAACUUCACAUGAUAUUCUGUAAAUAAAAUGCUAUUGUUUACAUUUGCUGUGGUUUGUGUGCUGCUCCAUAAAACACUUAAGUGCUAAUGUGUUACAAGAAAUGUGUUUCAUAAAUAAGAAAUACGCAUUAUCUGAUUGUAUAGUUGUGUGGGGAAUCACCUGGUAUGCUUCUUGAGGGAUACAGACAGUAUCGUGGUUUACAGUCUACUGGAGGCAAAAAUGGAAUUUAAAUCACUGCAUUGUUGUACCCUAUGAAGAAACUCAGUAAUUGUAAGUACUGCUUUUGUAUUUCUUCAUAUGUAUUAAAAUUCAGCUGUUGUGAAUUUUGAAGUUGUUGCAAUAUCUUCCUUGCAGGUGCACACAACACAAGAAACUAUUUAAAGGUCAGACACAAUCAUUUGUGUGCAAUGGUAGCCGAUUUUUGGCGACAAACAUCUUUAUAGGCCAAUUUUUGUAGAAGUUUGUUUUGCGUGUAUGUUUUACAUAUGAAACAUAUUGAACAUAUUUUGUCAGAUUUGUAUUAUGUAAAAAAAAAAAAGUACUUGUUGUCAAGUGUGUACAAGAAAAAUAAUUGUAGAGGUGUUUCUCUGUUUGGAUGUAGAACAUUUUUUACGCUUAAUGCUCCAUAAAUGUUUUGAUGAAUUUAUUUGUACUUGUGCAGAAACACAAAUCCGCUGUGUAGUGGCAGCAUUUCACAAUGUACAGUUUUGUAUGCUUUUAAUUGUAUAAAUGUACAGACAUUUACAUUUUUUUGUGUAUGUGUGUUUAUAUGUCUCUUUCUAACACAGAGCUGAACAGGACUUAACCAACCAAACUUGAGUAGUGAAAAUACUCUGGACUUGUACGUUAACGGUGUACAGGCUACGAUGUGACACUUAAAAAAACAGCAGAAAUAACGUUUA